AUCCACUCCAUUUGCGCUCUCUAUAUAUAGAUCCACUCUGCCAAGUAUUCAUUCACACAAAAAACACACAACAACAUCCAAAAAAUAAACGCCUGAACUUUGAAAUAUUAAUUAAGCUCCAACAUUAUAAAAUCAAUUAUACAAAAUGGCUCGUGUAAGGAUCUCCAUUUCGAUUAUUUACUUAUUGCUUUUUAUUGUAGGUUUUGUCUCGCAAUCUUGUGAAGCUAGAAAGGUUCUGAUGCCUUACGGUGCAAGCAAGGGAUUGUUUCUUAGUGCCCUGCCAAAGGGCAAUGUUCCACCUUCGGCUCCAAGCGACAAGGGCCACACUUCUCCGCCAGAGGAUUAUUCCGACCAUCAUACGAUUCCAGAAAUCUCGCCGGAGAUUUACCGUCGACUAGGAUCGGUCCCCAGCCCUGGCGUUGGUAAUUAGGCACAUUGAUUACCGGAUUACCGACAUUUAUAUAUUAUUUUCGACUUCAUUUCAUCAUAUUAUCAUAUAUUGUACGUCGUCCUAUAAUGAAGACUGUGUGUGUCUGUGUAUGAUAUGGUAAUGACUACUGAAAUAGAUGUAUUUGCUUGUGGAAUCCAUAAUUGAGUAAUACAAAAUAACUAUUUACAGUAUAAUUGUAUUGUCUUUUUGUGUGUUUA